CUUCAGACAGCCUUCAGGACAUCGGUCAAGUCGAAUCAUUAUGCGUGCCCAAACCACCCGUGAUCAUUACACAUCCCAUCCGUACGCUGCUCCCAAGGAGUUACGAACCAAAGAGGUCUUCUGUGGCACUUGUGAAAGUUCUUUUCCUAAAAGCCGCUGGGUUGAACACAAACAUUCUGAAGAGCACAAGAAUGCGAAGCUUUGUCUUGACAUCAAGGCUACCCAAGGCAAAGUUCGAGCAUCUAAUAACCUCACCAAUGACUCUAUCAAUCCCUGGCUUGGAGGUUCGAGCAAGACAGCGAUUCUAAGCCUCACCAAAAUCUAUGACAAAUUUGAUAAUUCUUGGGGUAAGCCGGCAGUCCUGUUUGUCAACACUGGUCUUGACUGGACCCAACAUGGUGGCUUAACUCUCAAUGCGAACAAAGGCUAUGGCUUCACGAACCAAGCCCGUCCAAGUGGAAAAAAGAGAAGAUCGGAUAUAUGCUUCAAAUGUGGCAAUCCUGGUCAUUUCGCCAUUGUUUGCAAUGAAAAAAAUCUUAUAUGUUUCUUUUGCAAAAAUCCGGGCCACAUGCGUCGUGAUUGCCCUAUAUGGUGGGAAAAGUUACGUGACACUGGCUACUACCCUCGUUAUGGUCAAUUGAGCUGCCAUAACUACUAUGGCCAGCAUUUCGGCACAAACAUCGCCGACGCUUCCGUCAUGAAUAAUCAUGGCCCAACUGGCUGCCCAAAUACAAAACACCAAGGUGGAAUGCAACACUACAACGGUACGAGUUUCGGACACGUUUCCAAUGCGUACCCGGCGAUCCCUUAUCUCCAUGAAGUCAGAUGCCUCAAAUGCAAUGAGCGCGGUCAUGAGCACGGCUCCUGUCCCUUGGAGACGAGCGACAACGUCGAAGUGGAUGAGCAAAAAAUCAGUGGCGUAGAUACCAACGUCAGCUCCAACUUCCCUCCUUUCAAGAGUCGCUGGGAUGUAACUCCCGAGCAGAUGGCCGCUGAGCGAGAAUGGCUUCGAAAGGCAUCUCAUGUUCUCGAACCCUGA